UCCUCCUCCAUCCUGCCCUGACAGAAUAAAACCCUGCAGGUCUCCUCGAGAGCGUCCACUCAGACAGGAUGCACUCCUCAUCAGCCCGACCUCAGACUCUGAAGGUGUGGUGUGUUCGGGUGUGUGUGUUCUACUCUACCAUGUGUCUGUCCGGCUGGCCGCUCUCCUCAGAGGCCGCCAGACUCCGCUGUGGAUCUGACCUCCUCAGUGACCUCAUGUUUGUGUGCGGAGAUCGAGGAAUCUAUCUCGGUAAAGGUACGUGGUCUGGUUAUGGUGCUCGGCCCAGAGGAAAGGGGAUAGUGGACAAGUGCUGUCGACCAUCCGGCUGUGAACUUCAGCAUCUUGAGUUGUAUUGUGCCAAACCAAAAAACCAACCUCAAACCACAGCGUACCCGUCCACGACCACAGCUUCUCAAACGACCACACAGCCGGAGACGGCACAGCAGCUGUUUCAGACCGUAUUUCAGAAGAGGCUCCUUCAGCACCUGGGGGCUCCCAACAGUCCGAAAAGAGAGGCAUACAGAAAGAAGACAAAGACUUCACUUCGAGGGAAGGGCAAAUUGUCUUCAUCACGCAGGAGGAUGAACACCACGAGCACGCCUCCUGCAGCCUCCAGGAGUACGCUGCAAACAGUGAUGAGCUCUGGAUCGUGACUUUAAUCUCCAUGGAAAAACUGAAUAUUUAUCUCAGCUGGACCGAAUGAGUCUAAAGACUGAUGCUUACUGCUGAAAUAUAGAGAGCAGAUCUGAAGACAACAAAGGGCAGCCAAAUGACAUCACAAGUUGACCGGCUGCGAUAUCUGAAGUCCUCAGCUCCAUGACUGAGCAUCUCCUCUGGAUUAGCUGCUGUUGUGCUCAGCUUUCAUGCGGCUCUCUGGUACACAGUGUGUGUAGUACAGCUGCUCUCAAAAGGUGUUUAUGACAGGCUUUUGAAAGUUAAACUACAGCACCCACAUCCCUGUCAGGUCAAGUCGUAACCCAAAGGACCAUAUUUGUUAUUUUUUCCUCAGUGUGUGUUUGCAUAAAAGGUUUCCUUAUGUCUGGAGCAGCACCUGGUCACGCUGCUUCAUGCCUUUGUGUCUGUUUUGUUACUUUUAUUUUGUAGAAAAUAUCGACCAAAUCACUGUGAUGUUGUCAGAUAGACUUCUAGAGAAGACACUACAUGAUAACCAUACAUUUUGAAGAUGUGCAGUAAAACACAAGGGUCUGACUUGUCUAUAUUUCUGCUGUGAUUAUCAUAUGGUCUGUGUUGCUUUGAUAAGCUCAAUCUACCAAGUAGCAUCUUCUUAAUCCAGGCAAAUGAAAUCAAACACAUGUUCAGCCCUAAAGCUUCACCAUAAUCAUCUCAACAAGCUUACCUCAGCUGCUAUCGUACGUUAGAGCAACAGGCACUCAUUAAAACAUGAGUGUAACUACUUUGUCUACACUGGGUUAGUGUAACCCGGUGACUUCUGAUGAUUUGUAAUAAUUCCUGAGGACGUCUGUGUUUUUAAUCGAGUAAAGUAAAAAUUCAAGGACAGAUCACCUUCCAUAUUUCAGGCUGUUGAUAAUGUUGGUCCAGUCUGAAUCCGCAGAUCAGUCAUUUUGAGAGGCAGUUUUUUUUCUUAAGAAUGUCUCUGCAGCUUUUUCUGACCCUUUACCGACCAACCAUGAUGAAAGCUGCAAAGGUUUGACAUCAUUGUGGUUGCAAACUCAGCUGAAUUAUUUUACUUCACAGUAUGGAGAUCCCGUUUGCAUAAAGACUAAACUAAAAUCAAAGAUCCAGAUAAAGGGAGAUUAGGUGACAUGCUCUGCAGCAUCCAGUAACUAACGCAAGGUGCACCAUGUUCCCUUUUUGUUAAAAGUCUGAAAAGAGUGCAGCACUUUAUUAUCGCUCUGUAACCUCUAAAUCAACCACACAAAUACUUUCUAAAGUCAAUAGCUGUGACUUUUUUUGCUUCUGCACAGUUUUUGGGGGCAUUGUUUUCUUUUGAUGAACUUCCAGCAGGCUGCACGCUGUAGAGUCUGAUGCUGCCCCCAGAGGCAAGGUGGAUGUUGUGCAGUGCAAACGCGCUACACUGAACACUGACAUUAAGGGGUAAUUCACAGAUUAUCAGAGGUCCCAAGGUAAAACUAAUCUCAAGUGAAUCAUAUUGAAGGCUUAUGUAGGGUCUUCUUCCUCCCUAACUUUUAUGGUAGGUAAGCACUGUUGUUUUUUCUUUUAACCCAAAGCUUCAACUAUCAGAACUUUUUCAUAGCUUGUGAGGUUUCGAUGCUGAUAUUUUGAAGUAAUUUAACAUGCAAUUUGUUUACACAUAAAAAAAUAGCUCCUUCUUUCAUUCUAUUUUUAGUUCUGUUUUUGGUCUCCACCAGAUCCAUAAAAGUACCUGGCUCUUUAGCUGCUAUUUUUUUUUCAACUAGCUACUUACUGCUGCUGCUGCUUGGUGACAAGCAGGUCAUUUGUAUUUUACAUGUUGUGUUUUGUUCCUGCUGUGGAAAUGAGAUUGAAAACUGGCUGAUGGCAGAGAUUCUACAUCUGCAUCCUGACGAGUCUUUUUAACAAACAAUAACUGUUUAUGGUUUACUCACAUGCAUGGUCUGUAAAGUUUGGAGUAUCUCAUUCUGCAUCUGUUGUCGUACUUUUGAUACUUUUUUUGAGCACUUUUCAGUUUCAUAACAUCCUGUAUCUGCACAGUGUGUUUGUGAGAAGAAUGUACCUGAAGAAGUUUGUGCACUUUUUGUACUUAUAGAAAGAGUCUGAUUGUUGUUAUGUAAGUUUUAUCUGACGUAUAUUAUUUCUAAUUUUGUGUAUGACAUUUUUUAUAUUGAAUACUUUAGAUGCAUUCACUAUUUAUUUCACUCUGAAAAUAAAUGACUAUAAUGAGUAAUGAAA